AAGCCGACUGUCGAAGAACACGAGAGAUGGGUGCCUGAGGUUGGGAACCACCGUGACAAACACAACAUACACACCACUCUGGCGUGACCAGAACGCAAGUGAAUGACAGCAACCAAGGUCCUGUCUCCUGACAGGUUUCCCACAUCAACUCCCCUGUUAUCUCUUUACAAAUCAUCACCUUCUUCCACCUUUCACUCUCUCGUUUCCGACUCCCUUACUUUUUUCUGAUCUGACCAACUACACCUCGAUAUCCGUCAAGAUGGCCCUCAAACGUAAAGAGUCUAUUGACCACAUGGACACAGUCAACGACCUCGUUUACAAGAAAGCUAAGAUGGGAGAGUACACCGACUUUGCCCUGGAGUGUGAUGGUGUCAAAAUCCCUGUCCAUAAAGUGCUUGUUUGUUCUCAGAUAAAGGCACUCGCAGCUGCCUGCGCUGGAGGCUUCAAGGAGGGUUGUUCCGGCGUUUAUCGAAUUGACGAGUUCCCAUUAUCCUCGAUCCGCCAUCUGGUACAGUUUCUCUACACCGGAGACUAUGACCUUCCAAACGACGCCGACAAGUCUCCCUUGGACCCGAACCUCGUGCUGCCUCCCUCUCUUUCCCCCUCCCCCUCCUCCUCUUCCUCUUCCUCUUCCUCUUCCUCCUCCUCCUCCUCCGCCACCGCUACUACUGCUGCUAUUACUACCGCUGCCGUCACCGCGGAUCUCUCGAAGAACCUUGUUGCACACAUCCAUAUGGCCGAGAUCGCGGAUUACUUCAACGUGCCGGGACUCAAAGAACUCGUUCACAAGAAGGUUGACGAGACGCUGCAACUGCCGUGGUCCCCGGAGGGCUUCGUCGAUGCGGUGACGAUGGCUUUCAAGAUUGGCGAUGAUGGCGUACUGCGCGACAAGCUUGCAGCGACUGUCGCCGACCACCUCGACGAUUUUCUAGGGACUGACAGUCGCAUGAAUCUCUUCACGCACGAUGCGUCCUUCCGAGUCCUGCGACGCUUGAACGAACAACUUAAAGAGUCGGAGAGACGGACAAAGGGAUGGCAGAUACAAACCAAGAAGUUGCUUGAGCUACAAACACGCCUCGCACAGCAAUUGCGAAGCGAGCCGUCUUCGGUAACGUAA